AUGAGCUCUCGCGAGGAGGCAGACCACGCCGGUCCCAACGCCCCGCUGCUCACUUCGACCGACCACCAUGACCGGGACCUUUCUCCCGAUCCGGCCGAUAACGUCGAUCUCGCGCCUGAGCUUGAAUACCCCGGCGGAUGGUUCAUAUGGAUCUUGACUAUUUCUGCUGGAAUUAGUGGUCUCUUGUUUGGAUAUGACACCGGCGUUAUUUCCUCUACAUUAGUGACGAUCGGCUCCGAUCUUUCGAAUCGACCACUGACAACUCUGGACGAGAGUCUGAUUACUUCUUGCACGAGUUUGUUUGCGCUCGUCGCUAGUCCGUUUACCGGAGUGCUUGCGGAUAAAUAUGGUCGGCGCAAAGUCAUUCUUGCUGCGGAUGCCCUAUUUGCGCUCGGCGCUUUGGCUCAGGCAUUUACAAGUCAGGUCGGGGGAAUGAUUUUUGGCCGCAGUAUUGUUGGGUUGGCGGUUGGUAGCGCGAGUGCUAUUACGCCUUUAUAUAUUUCAGAAGUGGCGCCGACACAAGCAAGAGGGCGGCUUGUUACUGUUCUAUCCUUGCUCAUCACCGGAGGUCAGGUGGUUGCCUAUAUUGUUGGGUGGUUAUUCUCCGAAAUGCCCGGAGGCUGGCGCUGGAUCGUCGGCCUCGGAGCAGCACCCGCUUUCUUACAAUUUGCAAUCCUCAUUUUUCUACCAGAGACACCCCGAUGGCUUGUACAGGCCGGGUCGGAGGACAGAGCGGCGAAAGUCCUCACUCGCAUCUAUCAUGGCUGUCCUGAUCGGGAUCAAGGAGUCCGCCGGGUCCUUCGCGGUAUCAGGAGAGAAAUUGAAGAAGAGGCGGAGGAAAUGGGCCAGAGUGAAAUUCCAGAUGCGAAUAUGCAUUGGUUCCAUGAUACGUCUCAGCGAACUCAUGACUUAUUCUAUGUCGGCGGGAAUAGGAGGGCUUUGACGAUAGCAAUGAUGCUUCAAGGCCUUCAACAGUUGUGCGGGUUCAACAGCCUGAUGUACUUUUCAGGCAUCAUCUUUACCGCGCUUGCGUUCUCUUCGCCAACGCUGACAUCUCUCACUGUGGCCGUCACCAACUUUGUUUUUACUCUUUUUGCAUUCGGACUGAUUGAUAAGAUCGGGCGUCGUCGCAUUCUCCUCUAUUCGAUUCCAGUGAUGAUUCUCGCGCUGAUAGCAUGUGCGGCGGUCUUUUCUUCCAUGGACAUCUCGUUUGAACCCGAGAGCGCGCAAAAGACGAACCCGAAUGCGAACUCAAACUCUCCUCUAUUGGUUUUGUUCUGCCUGGCAGUCUUCGUUGCAUCCUACGCCUUCGGACUCGGAAAUGUGCCAUGGCAGCAGGCAGAGCUGUUCCCUUUGAAUGUCCGAUCUCUGGGAUCAUCUCUGGCUACAGCGACAAACUGGGGAUCGAACUUCGUCGUCGGCCUCACUUUCUUGCCCAUGAUGCGGUGGAUCUCUCCAACCUGGACAUUCGUCAUCUACGCUGGUGUGUGUGCCGUGGGCUGGGUGGCAGUUCAUGCAAUUUACCCAGAAAUGAGUGGGAUGGGCCUGGAAGAUGUCAAGGGCCUUUUGGCGGAGGGCUGGGGCGUCGAGGAGAGUUUGCGACGAAGACGGAGCAUGAAACAUACAUAG